AUGACGAGAGAAAAUGUUAGGAACGACUGUCUUUCAGAACGGAACUUUCCAAUUGAGCUUUCAAAACGUUCUAAAAGUCUUACUACAGAUGCUAAUAAAUGUACAAACGUUCUGAAUUUGCGCACCGAUGAAAAAAAUGAAAAAAGUGAAAAUCUAAACCAGAUGACAUUCAGGAUUCCGGAGAUCAAAAAACCUCUGAACGCCUUCAUGCUCCACAAGAAAGACGAAUCAGUUCAGCAUCGUAAGAUUUUCGUAAAUAUAUUGGAAAUGAACGCUGAACUAGGUGAGAAAUUGAGAAAUGAAUCACAACAUGUUAAUGAUCGUUACUUUAAAGAAUAUUAUCGUAAUUUUUCAAAUAAUCCGACGGUUCCAGCAAAAUGCGCAAAUCAACCUAAGAAAGCAUCCAGUUUGCAAAUUAAUGGGUGUCUAAUUCCUUCUGAAAAGAUACUAGACAUUGAUGUUACAAAUUUCAAACCAUCUGCACACAUUCCAAAUGUACGGUAUAAUAAAACGCUAAAUAUUCCUUCUGAAAAAAUCAGAAUAUAUGAUAUGAAAAAGUUUCAAUCGCCUACUCAAGUUUCAAACGUACAAGAUAAUGAAAAGCUAAAUAAGCGUCAAUAUCAACCUGAAUCAUAUAAUAAUAAUAAAGGAUACGUAGAAUGCAAACUAAGCAAAAUUGACAAAUGCUUCAGCAACUCCUAUCCGUUAAAAAUAACUAAUGAAAAAUGCAAGCUAGAAAAUAAAUGUUCAAAAGAUUUGAUUACAGAAAAACGUUUGACAUGCAAAAUUGAACCACAAGAUGAAGUGGAGAAUAUUCAAAACGAAAUGGCUGAGGAUGUAACGACACAACAAUGGCUACAGAAUCCUAACAGCAAAUAUUCUUCAAAUUCUAAAUUUAAUGUUGCAAAGCAGUUUCAACCUGUUCCUGAUCCAUUUGGCGCACCCCCUAGUAGUAAAAUAUUUGAAGAUGGUUUCCCCCAUUCAACCAAGUCAAUGGAAAAUGCUUUUGAACCAUAUAAACAGCAGCUUGAAUUUACUUACGAUUCCACAAGUUUGAUUCACUGUGCAAAUCAAUAUACACAGGUAUCAGACUGUCUUACUUCAUCUACAGAAAAUAAUUUGGGCGAGGAAUUGAAAACAUCGGAAGUUUUGUCCGGAGCAUUCGAGGUGUUAUAUGACGAUUAUAAGUCCGUUAAAAAUUUGAUCACAAGACGUUGUUCAAAUUCGUUUCAAUGUUUUAUAAAAUAA